AUGGCAGCCACGAUGAGUUCUCUGGCUGCUCGCCAUAUCCAAAACAUGAGCGAAGCAACAUCACUAGAACCACACUGGGGAUAUGCUGAGAGGGCGAGACCUUGCACAAACGACAAAGGGUCCUGUGAAUAUCUGGAUGUCGUCUACCAUUCCCAUGAUCUCGGGAUAUGGUACACAGGUAUCCUGUGGGCAACGCUGGGCGCCAUACUAUUCGUUUGGGGGAUAGGGCGCCGUUUAUACCCUGCCCCCAAAGCGGACAAACAUCUGCCUGGACCAGCAGAGGAGACUCUAGCCGUCCAAGGCUCCGUCCAGAGGCUCAAAAUGUCCGUAUCAUCCUAUCGCCGACAAUUCCUCCUUCCCGAAGCAUUUCGACCGGUAUUUGGAAGGACAACCCGACUUCAGGUCGUGAUCCUGUUGGCCCUGAUGGGAUACCUCACGAUUUGGUCCUUUGUGGGCAUCGUGUAUAAAACAUGGAUCACACCUGUGAAGAAGAUGGAAGGGGUGUACAACACUCGUACCAGCCUCGGACCAUGGUCGGAUCGCGUUGGUGUGCUCGCCUAUGCGCUGACCCCUCUCUCAGUGCUUCUAUCUCAACGCGAGUCGCUCCUUUCACUCAUAACUGGAGUGCCGUACCAGAGCUUCAACUUCCUUCAUCGAUGGCUGGGGUACAUCAUUGUGGUGCAGUCCGCCCUUCACACCAUUGGCUGGUGUAUCAUCGAGUUGCGGUUGUAUCAGCCUCAGCCCACUGUAGGGCUCAUGUGGAUCAAGCAGCUUUACAUGAUAUGGGGCGUGAUUGCCAUGCUUUUGCUAUUUGUGCUGUUCGUACUCAGCACACCUUGGGCCAUUCGGCGAUUCGGGUAUGAAACCUUCCGCAAGGCUCAUUAUGUUCUUGCCAUGAUCUACAUUGGCGCUUGUUGGGGUCAUUGGUCGAAGCUCAACUGCUAUCUCUUGCCUGCGCUCCUGCUUUGGUUCAUCGACCGUGGGAUUCGACUUGUACGCACUGGGUUGAUUCACUAUAACUAUAUAUCAGCGACUUCGAUGGGAUUCCGCAGUGCACCGGCAUCAAUUACGCACUUUCCGGAUGCUGAAAAUGGAGAUGUUGUCAGACUGGAUUUUGUCCACCCCCAUCAACCUUGGGCUGUCGGCGAGCACUUCUACCUCUGCUUUCCACAAGUCAGUAUGUGGCAGUCUCACCCGUUCACACCUUUGAGCAUAGCAGGAGCUGGAGUGAAUGGACUUCAGCAGCACUCAUAUGUCCUGCGGGCCAAGAAAGGUGCCACUAAAGUCCUUGCAGAUAUUGCCGCCGUCUCGUGCGUUCCUGAGGCGAAUGAGAAGACAUUGGAGCAGACCGUGGCACCGACCACACCUGUGAUCUUGUCUGGGCCCUAUGGCGGAUCUAUUGUGGAGGAUGUCCAGCCUCAGACUAACAUCCUGUGUAUCGCGGGUGGCACGGGGAUAACCUUCGUCAUCCCUGUUCUCCUUGACCUGAUCAAACAACGACGAGUCCCUGACCGCAAGGUGGAGCUUAUCUGGGCAGUUCGGAGGGACGGCGAUGUGGAGUGGAUUAAGCAAGAGCUGGAUACAUUACGACGCACCAGUAACCGGACCAACCUCAAUGUGCGCAUAUUUGUGACGCGAGAGAAUGAGCUCGACGAUGUCAAUCUCACUUCCCACAGGUCUGAGCGCAAGAAAGCUUUCGUGGAGGACAAAAUGGCGAUAUCCUCGGCAUCGUCUUCAACAGAAGAAGACCAGAAAGUGAUGGAUCCACGUGUGGGAUCUUUCUCUGUACAGCACCCUACAUCCGUCGAGGGAGGUUCUGAGUCUCGCCAUCCAGAUCUUGAUCGGCUCGUACAGCAAUUCCUCAACUCUACUGUUCGAGGUUCGACGACAGUGUUUGCCAGUGGGCCUGGAGGAAUGAUCUCGGACCUACGCAGCAUAGUCGCCCAUGCCAACUCUGGGGCCAAAGCCUGGAAAGGCAGUGAGCGACACAACGUCGGACUUGUUUGUGAUGACCGGCUAGAAUGGUAA